AUGGUGGCAAAUCGGCAGACGUCGGGCUUCAUCCCCCUCGGCAGCAAAUCGGAACACGACAUGAACGAAGCCGGUAUCCCUCUGACUGCGGUCAAGAGCAGUGCCUCGACCUCGGGCAACCGCAAACCCAGCCACGCCACAUCCCACUCGUGUGAUUCCGCAUCAUCAGAAAAGCCCGAGAAUGAGCUGCAUCACCGCCAUGCUGGCCGUCGGCGAAAGGUUGGUGAUGACAAGUUGGGCCGGAACAACACCGGCGGUUCCGACGAAGUCAGCGUAAACGCACUCGGCAGGCUCUACGAGAAAGUCGUUGGCUUUUCUGUCGUCACGCGCUACAUGGUCUACGUGGUGCCGGUUGCGGUUCUGCUCGGUAUCCCUCUCGUCGCCCUUCACCUUGCCGACAAAAAGGACGAGAUCUUCCUCGGCUCCGGUGACAGCUUCAAGGACGCUAACGGCAAGGCCAAGAACAAGAACGGCCCUACCUUGUUCAAACUCUUCCAAUGGAUCGAAAUCACUUGGCUUUCCCUGUGGGCCGCCAAAGUGGUCGCCUGGGUGCUUCCCAAGGCUUUCAUGUUCAUUUGCGGUGUCGUCAGCAUGGGAGUGCGCAAGUACGCCACUGUUUUGAAGAACUUGACCAUCACUCUGUCCCUCUUCUUCUGGGCCCUCGCCACCUGGAUUACCUUCAGGAACCUGUUCGCCGAGCCAAUCAACUUCCACGUCUCUUGGUGCGACACCAUGGAGAAGAUCUUGGGUGCCCUCUUUGUGUCUUCAGCCGUGCUCUUGGUGGAGAAGGCACUGGUGCAGUUGAUUGGCGUUUCCUAUCACCAACGUUCUUUUGCAAACCGCAUCAAGGCCUCCAAGCACGAGAUACACCUGCUCGGCCUGCUGUACGACGCUUCCCGAACCCUGUUUCCCAUGUACUGCCGGGAUUUCGCCGAGGAAGAUUAUGUCAUCAACGAUAGCAUUGACAUGAUGCUGCGAUCCAAGAAGAAGAAAAUCAUUGGCGGCAACGGAGCUGCCACGCCCAUGAAGAUCAUUGGCGAUGUCGGUCGAUUCGGAGACAAGGUCACCUCGGUUGUCGGACAUGUUGCAAAGGAGAUUACCGGAAAGCAGGUCUUCAAUCCCAACUCUGCCCAUUCCAUUGUCCUCGAGGCUUUGGAGAAGAAGUUGCCGUCCGAGGCACUUGCCCGACGAAUCUGGAUGUCUUUUGUCCUCGAGGGCAAGGACGCCCUGUACCUGGACGAUUUUGAAGAGGUUUUGGGCCCUGAGUACAAAUCGGAAGCUGAAGAGGCCUUCAACAUGAUAGAUUCGGAUGCGAAUGGCGACAUCAGUCUUGACGAAAUGGUCCGCAAAACGAUGGAAAUUGGCCAGGAGCGCAAAGCAAUCGGCGAAGGCAUGAAGGACAUUGGCCAAGCUCUCCGUGUUUUUGACAAGGUCUUGCUUUUCGUGGUCGUCCUGCUAACCGUUUUCAUCUUCCUCUUCUUCUUCCACAGCAGCUUCUUGACUACGGUCGCCACUGCUGGCACAGCGCUUCUGUCGCUGUCCUUUGUCUUUGCCGUCACAACUCAAGAGUUUCUUGGUUCUUGCAUUUUCCUCUUCGUCAAGCAUCCGUAUGACGUGGGUGAUCGGGUCGAGAUUGGUGGCGUGCAGAUGAUGGUUGAGAGGAUCUCUCUGCUGUACACCGUCUUCACCAAAACUUCCCAGAACCAAGUGACUCAAGUACCCAACAUUGUUCUGAAUAAUCUUUGGAUCGACAAUGUUACGCGAAGCAAGUCCAUGACAGAGUCCUUCAAAGUCGACGUGUCGUAUGACACGUCAUUCGAAGACAUUGAGCUGCUCCGUGCCGAGAUGGAGAAGUUUGUCAGACACCCCGACAACUCUCGCGACUUCAAGCCCGAGUUCACCAUUGGGGUUGACGGCGUCAACAACCUCGACAAGCUCACCUUGGAUAUCUCGAUCCAGCACAAGUCUAACUGGCACAACGGCGUUGUCAAGGCCACUCGCCGCUCCAAGUUCAUGUGUGCUCUGGCGCUUGCUCUCAAGAAGAUUCCCAUCCACCCUCCUGGAGGCGGCGUUGAAGCCCUGGGCGGACCCACCAACCCAACUUACUCGGUUGCGGUGACCGACCCAUGGGCAGCCAAAAGCCGCGAGGAGGCCGCUAAGAAGGCAGACGCUGCGCGCAUGGUGCCGGCCCAGGUCGGCCAGACGGACGAGGAGGCUCAUGCCGCCGAAACACAGGCCGCUGCCGAGCUGAAUGCUAGAACGUUGGCCGUCGAGACGAGUGGCAACUGGGACUCGCGAGAUGACCGAUCCAUCGCGUCGCGCUCGCCGUCGAUGGAUCGACAACGCUCGAGGGACAUUGAUUCAAUCCGCAACGAGCUCCUCAAGAGGGAGAGUCAGCGCGGACGAAGACGGGCGGGCGAGGGGCUUCAGUCGCUGAGCCCCUCGGUCGCCGGCGCUGGUGGCUAUCUCAUGAGCCCGCGACUAGGGUCCUUUGACGAGGAGGCGCAGACGGGCCUCCCUAGACGGUUCUUCAGCUUCAGCCGUGGUGGUCAGCACCCGCCUGCUGUGCAGGAAGAGGAAGAAGAGGCUCUCGAGCCACGCCUCCGCCCGACGGAGUCGCAGCGGUCUCGGCUCGGCGGUCUUUCUCGAGGGCCAUCACGCGGGCCGCGUGACUAG